CAACCUUCUUUUAUUUGUUUGGUGGGUAGCAGGUGGGUGUUUGUGCUCAUCGGUGCCCUGGUGGGCCUGGCCUGGUUGAGAGUCAAAAGGCCUUUUCAAGCCUUCUCCUUGGGUGGGGGGCUCUGGUGCUUUCCUGGAUAGGAUUGAGUAUUGUUUUUGAUUCAGGACAAGGGCUUGGCUUUUGUUCUAUAUCCUUGCUACCUUCAUUCUGUGUGUGGUUGGCGCUUUUUUUUUUUUUUUCUCCAACCCCUUUUGGAAUCCCACUAUUUGGAGGCAGUAUGCCGGGGAAGGCCAAGGGCAAGAAAGGGGGGCGCCCUGUUAAGCAGCCCAAGAGGCCUGCUCCCCCGCAGUCCUCCUCGGAGGAGGAGGAUGAGGAGAUGACUCUGAUACGGGGGUUAAUUAAUAGGAUGGAAGCUUUAGAGAAAGCAAAAGCAGCCCCCUCCGACAAAGGUGCGGGUCCUUCAGGUGUGGGGGGGGUGCCUCCUCCUAAGGUCCCUCGGAGGACCAGGGGUUCUGUGAAAAGCCAGCUGCUAACUUCUCUCUCUAGUAGGCUGGCUGCGCUGGAAGAAGGGCUGAACCCUGCUGGACCGGGCCCUUCUGCUCCUGCGUUACCGCUUCCUGAACCUGAGUCUCCAGUUCCGGAGUCGCCUUCACCAUUGCUACCUCCGCCUGCGGCACCAGUUGUUCAGCCUCCAGUGGAUACGGCUACUCCUUUGGCCCAGGGUGCUGGCGGGGCGGCGGUCCCGGUCCGAGUCCUGAUGUGUGGCCAUUCGUUGGUCUUCUGGGCUUUCAAGCGGGCCAGCACCACCCGCUGGGGAUCCCAGUUGGGUUUAGGAAGCAAGGCUUCAGUUUAUUGGUUGGGCAUGAGGGGCAUGCUCUGGAAUCAGUUGCUUCCAGCAUUGAGGGAGCAUUUAGAUAGGUUUCCCAUUCCCGACAUCCUGGUUCUUCAUUUAGGGGAGAAUGAUUUGGGCCGGCGGCCUGGCCUCGCCAUCCUUCAGCAAGCCUCCUCGGAUUUGUCUAUUUUGCGCAGCUGGAUGCCUGGCGUGCGCAUAAUAUGGGUUAAUUGGCUCCAGCGCAGGGUGUGGCGGGGUGCUCAUUCUUGCCUUAGCUUGGAAAAGGCACGCAGGAAGAUUUCAGCCGCAAUAGGUAAAGUGGUUUUGGCGGCCGGGGGGUCUGUGGUGCGGCAGCCAGAUAUAGCUGCUCGCUUUCCCGAGUUAUUCCGCCCUGACGGGGUCCACCUGUCUGAGAAAGGUUGUGAUUUGUAUCUGCAUAAUAUCCGGGAAGUGCUUGCUGAAGGUUUGGAGGUGGUGGGGCAGGAAGGUCAAGCGAGGGCUAACCUUCCUGGGUGGCGGUAACAGUGCGGGCUGUGGGUAAGGAGGUCUAGAUUUCGGUGAGCACCCUUGGACAUUUUAAGGUGGAUUGGUCAAUUGCUUCCUUGUGGCCUGUGCGGCACGGGAAGAAUUACAUUGCCAAGAAACCUGCUUCAGGACUUCACCUACCUUUGGGCUGUGCGGUCCGGGGAGGUAAAGAUCUGAAGCUGUCCAGAUCCCCUCUUCUAAAAGGGGUGGUUGGCUUUGAAGGAAUUGGGCGGGAGCUACCUGCCUCUUUCCUGAGCCAGGGUGUGUCGCCCUUGCAGGCGAUGGGUAGGACGUUUUGAAUCCUAGCCCACGCCUAGGUGCCCGCACUGUUUUUAUGUUGGUGAUUAAUCACCUUGUUUCCAGUCCGCCACAAAUGUUGUUAUAUUAAUAAAGCGUGGCCCGUUUCUCCCAUUAAAAAAUGUCUCUGUGUCUUCUUGGGCUGGGGUCUGGGUACAAUCCCCCUCCCCUUGCCUCGUGCAAGUGUGAGGGUGUUUGUCCCAGCCCGGGACUCACAAGCCCAAGAAGAAGCCUGAUUGGUUGGCUGGCUCGUGGUGGGCGGGGCUUGCUGAGAGGCCGAGCGUUUCCCCGCUCUGGCCUCUCAGUCGGCUGUUUGUUUCCCCCUCCCUCCCUCCCUGUUGCAGAGCGGGUCUAGUGACUGGUCGCCUAUGGGCCGAGUAGGAAUUUUUUGCUCUCAACUUAUUGGCUGUUGUUGGGGUUUUUUUCGCCUACUCUGUUCUGCAGUCAGUUGGUAGUUAGGUUCUAGGUUGGCCACGUUGGCGGUAACAGUGCGGGCUGUGGGUAAGGAGGUCUAGAUUUCGGUGAGCACCCUUGGACAUUUUAAGGUGGAUUGGUCAAUUGCUUCCUUGUGGCCUGUGCGGCACGGGAAGAAUUACAUUGCCAAGAAACCUGCUUCAGGACUUCACCUACCUUUGGGCUGUGCGGUCCGGGGAGGUAAAGAUCUGAAGCUGUCCAGAUCCCCUCUUCUAAAAGGGGUGGUUGGCUUUGAAGGAAUUGGGCGGGAGCUACCUGCCUCUUUCCUGAGCCAGGGUGUGUCGCCCUUGCAGGCGAUGGGUAGGACGUUUUGAAUCCUAGCCCACGCCUAGGUGCCCGCACUGUUUUUAUGUUGGUGAUUAAUCACCUUGUUUCCAGUCCGCCACAAAUGUUGUUAUAUUAAUAAAGCGUGGCCCGUUUCUCCCAUUAAAAAAUGUCUCU